CUUAUCUCUAUAGUGAAUAACUCUGAAAACUUCCCAAGACUCACACUUUCAACUUCAAGGUCUCUUUUCUCUCCCAUGGCUUUCUCUGCAACGUUCUCACAAAACUCAUUCUCAUGCCUCUCUCAACUCCCUCACAACUUAAGAAGAAACCCUCUUCGUUUGCCAUCAAUUCGAGCUGUAAAAUCCACUGAACCGGAGAAGGAAAAGACUGUGGAAACAAAGAACGAAGAAUCAUCUGUUUCUAAUGCUCAACCAUCAACCACACCUCCUAAGACCCCCAGAAAGCCCGUCUAUUCGAUGAAGAAAGGUCAGAUUGUGAGGGUGGACAAGGAGAAGUAUCUCAGUAGUGUCAAUUAUCUAUCUGUUGGGCACCCACCAUACUACAAAGGCUUGGACUACAUUUAUGAAGACCGUGGUGAGGUCUUGGAUAUACGUAAUUUCGAAACCGGGGAGUAUGCACUAAUUGGAUGGGUUGGGAUCCCAACCGCACCAGCUUGGCUUCCAACAGACAUGCUUAUCAAGUCAGAUAAACUCAAUUACGAGAGAAUGUGAUCCAGGAUCCAGAAGCAUAAUUGCCUGCUAUUACUGAUGGAUGCCAUCGCUUGCCAUCAGAAAUUAUAUCUCAAAAAGUGUCCCUUGGUUUCUGAUCACCAUCAGCAACUUCCGAAUCUUUUGUCACAAUUGAUGUGAUUGAUGUUAGGCAAGAAUAACAUGAUCAUCAACAUAAUUUUGUUGAGAUUUUGUUCUUAUUCUAAAAAGUAUAUAAUAUUAAGCAUAUCAAAACUAUGCAUGUGAAACUGUUGAAGCCU